GAAAUGUCAAAAUAAGUGAACCAAAAAUAAAAAAUAAACUGCAAAACAAGAUGGAUCCAAGUUUUUAGUUUUAUCUUAGCUCAAGCGACAGCGAAACGGAUGAAAAAAUUGUGCGCAAACAGUUGCGGGACAAAAGCGAUCCGCUGGCUUUAUCAAAUAAUGCAUUCAUCAAGCGAUUUCGGCUUAACAAGGAAGCAUUCCAACAUGUCCUCAAAAAAAUUCAUUUUUUGAGCCAUGACACCAAAGCCGUUCCACCAGUCCUGCAAUUAGCUGCUAGUCUUUCUCUUCUUGGUAGUGGCACCAACACACGGUUGGAAGUGACUACUUAGUCGGAAUGUGCCAGAGUACAGUGUCCAAAUUAACUUCCCAUGUUCUUUUGCAAAUGGAGAAUAAGCUAUGCCCGGAAUUUAUAAAAUUUGAUGCGGACAACUCGCAAACAUAUUUGUGACCACACAUACAAAAUUCUAGCAAUCAAUUGCCAAUAUGGAGGAGCAGCGUAUGAUUCGUUUGUGUGGAAAAACUCAAAUCAAAGGAGGGUUUUGGAAGAGCGAUUUCAACGGAAUAGGAAUGAGAAUUCGUGGCUACUUGGUGACUCUGGCUAUCCGCUCGAACCGUGGUGCAUAACACCUUACAGAAAUCCACUAGAUGGGUCAAGUGAGUGCGCUUUUAACGAAAUACAUUCAAAAGCGAGGUGCAUUAUUGAACGUACAAUUGGAAUAUUAAAAGGUCGGUGGAGAAUUUUAGUAAACGACAAAAGAGGAAGGUACGAUCCUGCAAAAGUGGCCAGAUUUGCAAACGUUUGUUCAGCAUUACAUAAUGUAUGUUUGAAUUAUAAAAUUGAUUACAAUCCCACAUAUCAUGAAAGUGAAAAUCAAGUUGAAAUAAAUGUUGGGGAAGAAAGUCAACUCACCAAGUAGGUCAUACUAUAAGAGAUCAAAUAAAAUCUUCGCUCUUAAACUAAAAGAUUUUAUUGCUUUAAUACCUUAAGUUUUUAUGUACAUACGUUUAAAACUUUCUCUGUAGAAAU